AUGGCCCUCAGCGUCGGCGUCCGGCGGCUCUCCCGGCUGCCGGGCCGCGGCGAGCGGCAGGUGCAGCUCAGCUUCCGAGGCUUCACCCAGAAGACGAGGAAGAUCCGCUGCGGCCCGGAGGCCGUCUUCGGGGAGCUCUUUCGCUGGCCUCACUACGGGAAGCUCGUUGUGGGAGAAAUGCUGUCCGUUAAGGUUUAUAACUGCAGCAAGGUUUUCAGUAACAGGCUUCUCGGCACCCUUGUCCUUAGCCUUCAGCACCUGGUGACGUCUGGGAGGCUGAUCCUCCGGGAGGCCCUCGUUGACAGGAACCACAGAGUCACUGACAUCUACAUUGAGUUGGAUUUGCGCUACCAGCCUCCAGAUGGCUCAGCUGGGACCUGGGUUGAAGAGGACUUUGUCUAUCAGAUGAAAGACAGUUCAGAGUUAGUCAUCUGCAAUCCUGGAUUUGAGGAGCUGGAGGCAACCGAGGGGCCAAGAGCGAGUGAACUGGACCGGAGGGCUGCUGCUCUGGGCAGGAAGCUGGUGAAAGGCCUGGAGACUGAUGAGGAAGAGGAAGAGGAGGAAGAAGAUUUCUAUGAUGUGUCUGAGAUGGAGGUCUCGGGCAUCAUCUUCAGCCCUGUGAAGAGCCGCUCCAGACUUUGCUCCGCACGGGACCUCUUUGCCACCCCAACCCCGCAGAGCUUCCAGGUUGGGAUUAAUAUCAUUGAAGCACAGAAGCUGGUGGGGGUGAACAUUAACCCCUUUGUGGUGGUCAAGGUUGGAGAGGAGAAGAGGCACACAGCAACGCAGAAGUCCACAAACUGCCCCUUCUACAAUGAAUAUUUUUUGUUUGAAUUCCGUGAGCCAAGGGACAUUUUAUUCCACAGACUCAUAGAGAUCUCGGUUUUUCACUCAAAGAAGAUACCAUUCCUGGGAACGUGCAUAGGAACGUUCAAGAUGGAUGUUGUGACGGUGUACAGCCAGCCAGAUCACAGGUUUUUCCAGAAGUGGGCUGUCAUCAGUGACCCCACGGACACCCGGGCAGGCGUGAAAGGCUUUGUGAAGUGUAGCAUCUCUGUCACCGCACAUGGGGAUGCUGUGGGCUCCCUUCCCACCUCCUCCAGCAGCCGGGAUGAGGACAUUGAAAGGAACCUGUUGCUGCCUAAGAGAGUCCCUGCAGAGAGACCCUGGGCCAGGGUCUGCAUCAAGCUGUAUCAUGCCGAGGGCCUGCCCAGCAUGAGCGCAGGCAUCAUGGGUGGUUUCUCCAAGAUCGUGGGGGAGAAAAAAGUAUUUAUUGACCCAUACGUGCAGGUCUCGUUCUGUGGGCAGCAGGGGGAAACAUCGGUGGAGACCAACACCACUGAGCCUGAGUGGAACGAGCAGAUCAGCUUCAUAGAGAUGUUCCCGCCUCUGGCCAGGAAGAUAAAAGUCCAGGUGCUGGAUGAUGCCAAUGUUGGUGACGUGGCCGUGGCUACACACUACAUUGACCUGCAGCAGAUCUCGGACCCUGGCAGGAAUGGCUUUAACCCCACGUUUGGCCCAGCCUGGGUGAACCUGUAUGGCUCCCCCCAGAACUCAGCUCUGUGGGACAUCCACAAAGACCUCAACGAUGGCAUGGGUGAGGGGAUCUUCUACCGUGGGCGCAUCCUCAUGGCCGUCACGGUGGAGAUCUUCAGCAGCCCCAGCAUGGCAGAGAGGAAGCUUGGGGACAAGACGAAAAGUGCCCUAAGCAAACUGAAGCUGAAGAAGAAAAGUAAGAAAUCCAAGGAGAAAGCCAAAGAACUGAGGCAGCUGAAGGGAGAAGAGGAGGCUGGGGACUCUCAGGAGGCCGAGCAGCCUGAGGAGGUCACUGUGGAAGUGGAAGAGCUCCAUCCACUCCCCGAGAACGCACUGGGGAGGAAGGAGGAAUUCCUCCUCUUUGCUGCCUUCUUUGAAGCCACUAUGAUGGACUCCUCUCUCAGCUCCAAGUCUGUCAGCUUUGAAGUCUCUAUAGGAAACUAUGGCAAAGUUGAAGAGGUUGGGACCAAAGUAUGGAGAAAAGUGGAAAAGGGAGAAGCGAAAGAAGAAAAGCAGCCUUUGCUGGACCCUGGUUCAGAUGGUGAGCUGGACAUUGAAGUCCCGGCCCCAGCUUCAGCAGCACCAAACAAGUCAGUGACGAAGAGCCGGAAACCAGAGCCCAUGGAGUAUGACAGGUCAUACAGCUGCCUGCCCAUGAUGCACGAGAAACCCUGCGUGUACGUGUGGAGCUACUGGGAGGAUCACACGUGGAGACUCUGCAUUUCCAACUGGAUCGUCAAGCUGGCAGAGCGCCUGGAGCAGGGGCUGGACGAUGUGGAGAAGCUUGUGAGAAGGCCAAAGGCUAAAGCAGAAGAACGGCUCAGAGAGGUGCUGGAGGAAUUUGUAGCUGGAUGCAGGCAAUAUUCACUCGGCGCAGAGAGAAAAACAAUGGCCCAUCCAAACAACCUUGACAGAUGUCGGAUGAAAUACCUGAUGCGCAACAUCAUCCUGUAUGCAAAGCAGGGGCUCCGCGUGAGGCGGCGGCUGACUCGAACCAAUGUCAAGGAGAAAGUUAAGGAGACAAGGAGGAUCCUGGCAAAGCUACGCUUCAUGGCUAAAGAGCCCCAGUGCACCCUCCCCGAUGUACUCGUCUGGAUGCUCUGCAACAACAGGCGUGUGGCAUAUGCAAGAGUUCCUGCACAGAACGUUCUCUAUUCGGUGGUCGAAGAGGAGAAAGGCAAGGACUGUGCGAAGAUCCAGACUGUCUUUAUGAAGGUCCCUGGCUUGCACACUGGCGAGAUCUUUGCCAAACUGGAAAUCUACAUGUGGCUUGGGGUAACCAAAUAUGCGAAGAACUGUUUGGCAGAGCUGCCUGAGGAGUUCAAGUUCCUCUCUGAGAGUGGACAGGAGAUAGCCCAGCUCUCAGCGUGCAGUCCUCCCAGCCGGCUCAGCAGGGAUGAUUUCAGCUACUUCCAGCUCCGAGCCCAUCUGUAUCAGGCUCGAGGGAUCCUCCCUGCAGAUGACAAUGGUCUUUCAAAUCCAUUUGCAAGAGUGGUGUUUUCAACUCAUUGCCAAACCACCAGGAUGCUGGAGGAGACACUGAGCCCCAUGUGGAACGAGCUACUUCUGUUCGACCAGCUCGUUAUUGAUGGGAAAAAAGAAGAGUUGAAAACAGAGACCCCCAUCAUUAUAAUCAACCUUUUCAGCCACAAUAAAUUUGGCUCCCCUGUGUUCCUUGGCCAGGCCUUUGCUGUCCCACAGGUGAAGCUGGUUGAUGAGCCAUACACCAAACCUGCCAUGCAGUUCUUUGAUUUCUACAAAGGCGCCAAAGCAGCGGGAGAGCUUAUUGCCACUUUUGAGCUGAUUGAGUUGGAUUACAGUGGCUAUUUGGAGCCAUCAGUGCCCGAGGAUGUGGAACCCAAGGAGCCUGACUACCUGGGAGACCCUCGUGCUGGAAGGUUCAUCAUCCCUGAGGGCAUAUGCCCGGUGCUGAAGGAGUUUCGCAUAGAGAUCCUGUUCUGGGGCCUGCGAGACCUGAAGCGGGUGAACUUGUUCGAGGUGGAUCAGCCCCAGGUGAUCAUUGAAUGUGCUGGCAAGAAGGUGGAGUCAGAAGUGAUCGUGACCUACAAAGAGAACCCCAACUUCACCGAGCUGGUCAAAUACAUGGAUGUGGAACUCCCAGAGCAGGUUUACCUUCACCCUCCCCUCAGCAUCUUCGUGGUGGAAAAGCGUGCGUUUGGGCACACUGUGCUGGUGGGUACCCACGUUGUGUCCAAUGUGAUGAAAUUCUCACCCAGAGAGCUGGAGGAGGAACCAGAAGACGUGUCCAAAGCUUGGAAAGUCUCAUCCCAGUGUCUUCCCUCUCAGACUGUGGUAAACAUUGGCCUGGCAUCUGGUGACCCAGGUCCCAGCACUCAACCCCUGAGUCUUGUGAAGUCUCCUUUGAGGAAAAUUCCAAUCAAUAAGCUUGUAAAGAAGGAGGAUGAAUAUGAAGAGGAAAAACCAGAGCUGGAAGAACUGGAUUGGUGGUCCAAAUACUAUGAGUCCCUGAAGGACCUGUAUAACCAGGCACGUAGUGAUGAGGAAGAUGCUGAGAACGAUGACCUGAAUGAUGCAGAUGGGGGGAAUUUAAAUGUAUCCUCCAUUGACAUGGAAGCGGAAGAUGAGGCAGUAAUUGAAGCUGAAAUUGCACGACCCAAGAGGAAAGUCAUCGCCACCCUUCAGAUCUACAACUCUGAGCUGGAAAAUGAGUUUGAUAAUUUUGAAGACUGGCUGUGUAUCUUCCCCCUUCAUCGUGGCAAAGCAAAUGAGGAUGAAGACGGAAAUGAGGAUGAACAUUUUGUGGGGAAGUACAAGGGCUCCUUCUAUGUCUACCCCACUGAGGAAGCUGGCAUGGAGCCCAAGGUUUCUCAGGGCAUUCCAAGGAACAGACCCAUCAAGGUUCUUGUAAGAGUUUACAUUGUUAAGGCUACGAACCUGUCUCCAGCAGACCCCAAUGGCAAGGCAGAUCCCUAUGUGGUGGUGACUGUGGGACAGACGCAGAAGGACACAAAGGAGCGAUAUAUCCCAAAGCAGCUCAAUCCCGUGUUUGGAGAAGUUGUGGAGCUGACAGUCUCCUUUCCCAUGGAAUCGGAACUCACUGUGGCAAUAUUCGACCAUGAUUUGGUGGGAUCCGAUGAUCUGAUUGGGGAGACCAAGAUUGACUUGGAGAAUCGAUUCUACAGCAAACACAGGGCCAACUGUGGAGUGGCCUCUCAGUACGACAUAAACGGCUACAACAUGUGGCGAGAUGCUUUCAAGCCCACGCAGAUCUUGGAUAGUUUAUGCAAGAAAAACUCACUCCCUGCAGCAGAGUACAGACGGGAGGAGGUCAAGGUGGACAAUAAAAUAUUCAAGAUCCCUCCAGAGGCUUUUCCGGAAGGUACAGAGAGCUUGGAGAACAAUGUCUGCUCCCUUAAACAGCUGCCUGUGCUCAGCGGUGCACGUGCUGAGACGUCUGUGAGGAGCAGUAGAGGAAUGGCAGAUGAGAACUGGUCGGUGGAUGAUGAACAUAAGGCUUUGUACGUCCUGCAACACUGGGAAGAGAUGCCAGGAUAUGGGUACAAGCUGGUACCAGAGCAUGUGGAGAUCCGGUCCCUGUACAACCCGGAGAACCCUGGGCUUGCACAGGGCUCCUUGCACAUGUGGAUUGACAUGUUUCCAAAUGAUGUCCCUGCACCGCCGCCUGUCAAUAUCAAACCACGACUGCCUGUCAGCUAUGAGCUGCGUGUUAUUAUCUGGAACACGGAUGAUGUGAUCCUUGAUGAUGUCAACCCAAUAACGGGAGAGCCUUCCAGCGAUAUCUACGUGAAAAGCUGGAUAAAGGGUCUUGACCACGACAAGCAGGAGACGGAUGUUCACUUUAACUCCUUGACUGGGGAGGGCAAUUUCAACUGGAGGUUCAUCUUCCGCUUCAACUAUCUCCCAACUGAGAAGGAGAUCACCUACAAGAAGAAGGACUCUGUCUUCUCUGUGGAGGAAUCAGAGUUUCGGGAACCAGCUGUUCUGGUCCUCCAGGUGUGGGAUUACGACAGGAUUUCAGCUAAUGACUUUCUAGGUUCCAUCGAGCUGAAGCUGCAUGACAUGGUGCGGGCAGCCAAGAGCUCAGAGCAUUGCACUGUCAGGAUGGCCAAGGAGAAUGCAACACCUCGCUUCUCCAUCUUCCGAAACAAGCGCAUGAGGGGUUGGUGGCCCUUCAUCAAACUUAAAGAACAAGAAGAUGAGGAGAGGGAGGACAAGCAGAAAAAGAAGAAGAAGUUGAGAAGCUCAGUCAAACCAGAGGACGUGGAGUUCACAGACCCCAAUGGGAACAAGUACCUCCUGACGGGUAAGGUGGAAGCGGAGUUCCAGCUGCUGACUGUGGAGGAGGCUGAGAAGAGUCCUGUUGGUUUGGGUCGAAAAGAGCCUGAACCCUUGGAAAAGCCCAACCGCCCAAAAACUUCUUUCAACUGGCUUGUGAAUCCCAUGAAGACCUUUGUGUUCUUUAUCUGGAAGCGGUACAAGAAAUACAUCAUUGUGCUGUUCGUUGUCGCUGUUCUGACCAUCUUCCUGGUUCUUUUGAUCUACACCAUGCCUGGAUACAUCAGCGAGAAGAUCAUCAAUGGAUAAAUGCUUUACAGCACAGGACUACUCAAAGACAGGGGUGAUUGAAGGAUUUGAGACUGGACCAGAAAGUUUAAGGAAAUCCUGCAGGUGCAGAGGCAACCUUCAGAAUGAGAGACUUGCAGAAGCGGCCUCUCUUUGGGGAGUCACGUUUCACGCUAAGUACCCAUGAGAUGCUAAGAAGCCAAGGAACCAGCCUACCAAAUACGGGAAACUCCUUGAAGGACAGUUAGAAGUUUUGGGGAAAAAAAAUUGUUCUUUGUGGGACUGGGAAAACAGGAUCUGCUGGGGCUGUCCCCACGGACAGGGCAGCUGAAACCAGCUCUUGCCAUUGGGAGUGAUUCUGGCAGCGAUGGGGACAUACAGAGCCAUCCAUGGCCCAGCUUGACAGCACUUGGUACUUCCCAGGCCUUUGCCUGAGGAGUUCAAAACACGUCGUACAGGGGGAAGGCAGGUCUGGUGUAUGGUGCCGGUGGAGGCAGGACCUGGAAGACCUUUGAAUGGGGCCACCCAGGGAGAAGGAUGACAGAGCCAAGGUAGCCACAAACUUCCUGCCAUGUCAAGAGCACGGGAACAGCUCCUGGAGUUUAAAUCAUCUCUGGAUGUGGUAGCACUCCCCAGGACACAGACUUUCUGGUUGUCACUCCUUACAAAGCUGCUUAACAGCUUCUCCUGGGUGUGCUGGGUUGGAUUCAAGCUUGCUUCAAACUUCAUUUUGGCUCUUCAUUUCUGCAGGAAUAAAAGCUCCUUGGCUGCUCUCUCCCAUGCUGCUUGUGUUUUGGAGCUGCUUUCUGGAGCUGAAGGGCCAGGCUGCUGCAGGCGGUCCUCGCUGGUGCCCCUUCGCCCUUCCUCCCGGAUGGCACACCGCUGGGACGUCAGCACGGGGUCGUCAGCAUGAAAUCAGUAUUGUGGUGU